CCACCUAGAGUAAAGAAAGACGCUUCAUCUUCGUCAGUGAUUUGCAAAAGACAGACCUUGUGCUUACUCUCAUGUACUGCAGCCAGCGAUUUUCCUGUUACUUAUUCUUGGACAAAGAAUGGUCAGAUUCUCCGAACUAAUGGUAACGGAACCAUAUCUCUCAAACCUCGUGAUACAAAGGAUUAUGGGGUGUAUGUUUGUAAUGUUACAAACAAAUAUGGUUCAGUAGUUUAUAACAUAACAGUGUCCGAGUUUCAAAAGACAUCAGUGACUGCUCGAAGAACAAAGACAGAUAGCAGUGAGUAUUUUGACUAGUGGUAACAUUAUGGCAGAUUACGAUUUUUUUUUUACGAAGUAUGCUGUCACGCAAUGCCUUAUAAGUUUAGGACGUGAUCAUCUGCUACAUUUAUGAUGAACUUAGGGAACUAACGUAACAAAACAACAACUUUGCACGUGCAUCACAUUUCUUUGAAAAUUUCUUUGCCGUUAUACGACGUGAAACUUCUGAAUUUCACGUUUUAUGGAGAACUUGAACACAAGAAGUCAACUCCAGGAAAAAUCGUUAACAUUUGAUAAUAGCCUGAAUUUCAGACAUUCCUUCCAGUCGCUCCCUCAGUAAUGUGGGAGUCUGAGAUUCAGGCUAACAAAUCAAAAAAGAGUUUAAGUUUGAAACAGCGCGAAUUCACUUUUUUGGUGACGUCUUCGCUGCCGUUGUCGUCGUCUCUGCUUAAGCUUCCUAAUACCAUGAUACAAGAACUCAUUCUAGCCGUUAAACUAUCAAAACAGUGUGAAGAUCUCUAUUGUAUUGCAUUGCAUUUCACCCCAUUAUGUUAUAUAAUUGCUCUUGAUCUCAAUCACUAGUCAUGGCUUUUCUAAACUCUAGCUCGUACCAAAAAAGUCAUAGUAUUUCAAGCGAGAAGCAAAAAGAAAAUUGUAGAUCUUAUAUGGCCGUUGGUUUUACAAUCGUCUUAUUUUGGGGUCCAGAUUGGUCUCCUGGGGGGGUUUAAUUCCAGUUUUCAAAGGCAGUCUCAUCUUCUAACAUAGGAGACCCUCGGAAGCUCUAAGGAAUUCAACAGGAUCAUAACUUGAACUAUUAAAGUAUUGUGGAAUAUAGUACUGCUAGCGCUUGUUUACUGAAAAUUAAGAAGCCGGCCCAUGCCAAUCGUGGAGGAUUUUGCAUUUUCUGUUUUAUACAUUUUUUGUACUGAAAGGUACAGAAAGCUCGCACUUUAGCUGAAAUAUGGCUUGACACCACCCCGCAUUUAGGACUGCCUGCACGUCACGGCAUUUUGCCAAAAUCUGUGUAAGGAAUGGAUAAAUAGCUGCCUAAAAAAAAAACAACUGAACAAAUGGAGAAAAACAAAAAUUUGGUGGCAUAUAACCCACAGUCCCUCUGUUCUCAAAGGGUUAUGAAAAAAAAAUUGGAUCACCACAGCACGCAGUUAUCGUAUGGUGCUAUAAUCAUAAAACAAAACUGAAUGCAAGGCUGGCACUACGGCAAAGAGCUGAUUUAUGAUAGGCCAAUAUUUCGGCUAACAAAAUAAGCCUUCCUCAUGGCCAGAACUAUACGGUUACCGAGAGAAAAUAGCUUUUAACGGUUCCUAAAAUUUUUAAUGUAAGACUCUCAUAAGUGGUUGACAAUUAACUACAAUUAUUAAUACUCGAUCCGGUAAAUGUUGUACAAUAAAAAUAGAAAUAGAAACAGUUCAAUGUUCAUUCCUUCGGUUCAGACCGUCUGGUGACAGGGUUUUGCCUCUAUCUCCAAGGUGCGCUUCUCUUGCCUUACGGCGUGACAAUAAUCAUAUUUGCAUUAACAACAUAAAAAGGUAGUGAUCGUUGAUAACUCGCUGAUUUUCAAAGCAAUCAUGAACUUUUUCUUUGCGAACAAUGUUUCCCAAGUAUAAACUUUAUGUCUUUGCUUUACUUUCCAGGUAAUAAAGACAAUGCCUUCCGUGUCACUGUGCCAGUUUUGUCCUGCGUUGUUGUCCUGCUGUUGAUAGUAACUGUGGUAUUACUAUGGCGACUAAGACAUCGUCCAGUGCACGAUUCAAUACUUGGGCAGCACAUGUCAAAGGCAGUUCCAUAUAUGGAACUAGCCGAACUCUCCUGCCAAACUUGA